UAAGAAAAGAUUCAGCCGUGGACAACUCAAACCAACAAAUAGCCCUCCUCUAGCCUAACGUGCAUCGAAUUCUCUGCUGCCUCUAUCUCCGGCUGCCUUCCCCUAACCCCAUCAGCCUCGCGUGCCCUCAUCGCCACCUCAUUGUAAGUACCAUGAUGGGAGACACAAAAACAGUAGCAACAGAAGCGCAGAUCAUCAGUCUUUGAACGAACACACGCUACUCUGAACGAUACCGAAAGACGAACAAGAAGAAAAAACUGCGUAGCGUGCGCAGCAGCGGUGGCGACCCGGACGGUGGCUCUGCCGAUCGAUUGUAAUUGCGCCUCCGACGUCGUCAUCUUUUUCUUGUUCCUAGUGACAGUGUCUCCGUCUCUGCUACCGUUGUGCCGUUUGGCUAUUAUCUAUCUCAUUGUCGCCUUGUUGGUGAAGUGCUAGUGUCGCUGCCGCUAGUGUCGUCGACGUCGCACCUCAGGCGGGUGCCUUUGCCUCGCAUAUAGAAGAAAGAAAUCUGUUCCCGCUGGAUCUAAGCACUAGCACCAUAGCGUAGGCGGUUCAGAAGCGUACGGUUUACGAGCGAUCUUAGUAUCUACCACGCCUCCUUCUUUUUCUUCUGAUAUUUUGGGGUUGCUGCUGGUGUCGUUUGGCCGCAUUGCUGCUGUCCGCCGUCGCCUCCGGCUGAAUACGACCUAGCAUAGCAUGGGGUUCGAGCCAUGAAUGAAUGGUAUUUAUUUUGGACUGCAUCGCGUCGUCAGUCUGGGAUGCUUGCACGCGUGUGCGGCUAUUGUUAGAAACAACAGCAACGCUCGCGAUCCCAUCUUUUCUCGCCCGCGUUGCGGCUACCCAAGGUCAUGAGGAUCACGUCGGCCCGCUGGGCUACUGCGAUCCGCGUCACAAUCACCGCUUAAAAUCUACGCAAAGGCAUCUAAGCUAGAACUUCCAUCGAAUAAUUCCAUCACUCGGCACCACCGCCCGAGAUAUAGUUGUUGCCAGCAACUUUCAACAAAAGAAGACAUGGCAUCCUCGGCUAAUAUGACUAAACUUUUGUCAGACGCGGUUGCGUUGCCCAAAUCUGUGUACAACGACCCAGAUACGUCUAUAGCGGACAUGACUGCCCGACAACUGUGGGCCGCCUUUCUUCAUAUGGGCGAUAACCGAAUUACACAUUGGACUCUCAUGGGCUCUCCAUUCAAGGUGCUUUCGGUGAUUGGCGUCUAUCUGAUCUUCUCUACGAAGCUCGGUCCGUGGCUGAUGCGCGAUCGCGCUCCCCUCAACAUUCGACCUAUAGUUAUUGCGUACAACAUCUUUAUGGUUCUGUCCUCUGUAUACUUCUGCGUGCUAACAAUAUAUUAUGCAUUCAUAAAAUCACGAUAUUCGUUGAUCUGCGCUAGCAAUGACUCUGCUACAAAUCCAUACGCACAACUGAUGUUCGACCACGCCUGGUGGUACGUCAUGCUUAAGGUCGGUGAACUGCUAGACACAGCGUUUUUCGUCCUACUGAAAAAAGAGACCCAUAUAUCGUUCCUACACCUACUUCACCAUUCGCUGGCGCUGUGGACAGUAUGGCUGGACGUCAAUUUGGGCAUUACGGGCCAGACAGCGCUAUUCCCCAUCCUGAACUGCUCAGUACACGUCGUUAUGUAUACGUACUACGGAUUAGCGGCCCUUCCUAAGGAAAUCCGGCCAAAUCUGUGGUGGAAGAAAUAUGUCACGCAGUUCCAGAUCACUCAGUUUCUUCUUCUAAUGCUACAUGGAUCAGUGCCGAUCUUUUACGAUUGUCAAUUCCCUCCUCUGAUGGCAUCCCUGAUGACCUUCGAAGCCGGCUUGUUUACGUAUCUCUUCUCUGAUUUCUAUAUCAAGACUUACUUGAAGACGUACCCGAAGAGCAUUGGCGACAAACCUACGAAGACCGACUAGCGAUCCCCUUCUAAUAAACUUAUUAUCACACACAGCAAAAACGACUUUAUUAUUGCAAUCGAUGUAUGACAGAACAUAUUAACUUUAAGUACCACACGAACAUUUUGAAUGAAGGUGAGUCAGGGCUUUCAAUCUACGACAUGGAUCUAAGACUGUCGAAUUACACGUAACAAUCAUUCAGAAGCUAUUAUUAAAUAUCCUCUAUUUUCAAUAUGGAUCAUGUAAACAGGACCUCGUCUACCCCUUCUUACCUUCAGCGUUUUUUCUCUCGUUAAAUUUCCACAGCAGUGUUUGCGCAAAUUCGAAUUUAACCCGACACUGUUACGGUUAGUAACCCCCUUGCCCAAAGCUGAAAGCACGUGACGCCUGUUGCGCAGAUACAACGAAACGCAAACAAUAGAAGACGAUCGGGGCGAAGGCGAUCUACGCAAUAGAAAAACACACACUAACGAUGUGCUGCUAAUUACCUGACUAUGAAGACCUAAUAAGUUAUAGGUUCUAGUUGCAUCUGUGGCGGCGCGAUUGACAAGGACCUAGCAUCAAAUGAAACAUUGUUUUACUAUAAUAUUUCAAUUGAAUAUCCAAACAUCUAAUCUAAUAGAGAAAACAUUUCUUCUCUAUAUACUAAUAGAUAUCAACGUAAUUCAACGAAAUCUGCCGAAAAUCACUAACGAUUCAAAAUAAAUUCUAGAUGGUCCUUAGUCCGGAAGCUGGGGCCGUGCGUUCGUGAAGCGUUCGGAAACGGAUAACGUACGCAAUUGUAGGUUAUUGGAAUCACAAAAAAACAUAGGCCAUAUUUGUGUCGUUUGCUUACAAUGUUACAGCUGCAAAAGACAAGUGGACUAUACAAAUUAAAGAUCUAUAUUAAUAUAAUAUAUAAAAAUAAUAAACAGAAAUACUGAGAUGUCUAUUCAGCUAUUGAAAUCUAGGGCUUUUAGGUGUUAUUGAGGUCAAUUUUAUCACUACGUAUAUCCUUUUUCCCAAAUACACUUGGUAAUAAUAAAUCUCAG